AUUCCGCAGACACCAGUGUCUGCUGAACCACAGCAACCCUCCGACAAAUACCUGUCCGUCAUGGCGGUUGCAACACUGCUUCCUGAUUCCUCCUUGGAAUCGGUGAAGCUGGCCGUCCGCUCCAUCGCAACAUGCUCGACGACAACCGUGUUAGCCCUCCAAACACUCCUCCGCGGGACAUCGAAAGCGCCCACAGACACGGAAUCCGCAACAGUAAGACGAGCGGGGCGGACAACGAAAGCCUCAACCACCACGAUAACGAGGACAAAAUCAACAAGAGGCACGAGGACGAAGGCCUCCGCGGCGGAAGCAGCGGUCAAUACAGUGAUGGAACAAGAUGCCGCGCGUAUAUCGGAUCAAGAAAAGCUGGUUCUGGCUACAGAAGUCUUUAACGCGACGCUGAAGACUCUGUCGGAGGCUUUGAGACUCAACUCUAGCAGCAAGCGGGAAGAUUCCCGCGCGUCGUCGACACGCGAUUCCGUGUCACCCAGUCGCAUCACGAAAUCACCCCGGAAAACGAAUGCGACCGCUAUCACGAACGGGAUUCCAGCGGUGGCCACAUGUGCGAGUCUGGCGCUGUCCUGCCUAAGAACACUCCGAAGUGAGCAGGGGGAUGGAGGGUUUAACAUGCAGCUUGAACAGGGCUCUUGCAUUUUGGCUGGAAGGCUCCUGUCACUAGGCCUUAACGACAUGGCAUACAAAGAGCUAAGGGGGCUGAAGAAAAGAAUACAACAGUACUUGGACUUUCAAAGCUCUGCACCAAAGCAAGCGAACAGCAGGCGGGGUAACCCCGCAGAGUCAGAGGAAGAAGCAGUCAAGGAAAGGAUGUCUGAUCUAUUGAGCUUCCCUGAUCCAGGGCUAUUGCGGCCGCUGCUGGGACUGCUGACAACAUUUCAAUCGAAUGCUCUGAGACUAAUUUUGAACGAGAAGAAAUCUGCGACUAUCCAGAAUGUGACUUCCUCCCUCCAGCUAUCAGACCCGAGCAGCCCAGCGAACGUCAUAGUAGCCGCCCUUGAAUCCGGAGCGCUAACUGCUGAAAAAGCUGCGAUGCAACUCCAACUUCUGUCGAAUACUGUCCUGUCCCUAUCCUCUACCGCCAAUCAGACUACGAACAAGCUGAAGCCUAUGACAUCUUUAGUCCUGCAACUGCUAUCUCUUGAAAUCCGCUGCAUGUCUUGGAAGACCUCGGGACAUAUCUGCGACGACGCGAGAGAAAUGUGGGAUCCCAUGGCUCGAUACCUGGCUAGCUUCGCUCACCAGAGCAAAGGAUUGUCGAAAACAGAGUUUGCAACCUUAUACAAGCAGAUCGUACGGCUUCAGUCGGCCUUCACCAGUGUUCAGAAGCGAACAACUGCGAGUGUCAAAGACAAUGUAUCUGUGGCAAAGAUAGCGGCGCUUCUUGGGCAGCUUGCCCAAGAUGCGGGAUGCUUCGAGGAAGCCCUCAAGCUUUUCACGGAGUCGAUAACUCCUCUGUUCAAUGGACAAUGCCUUGCACUUGCCACUGUCCGCUGCAAAAUCGCUUCCCUCUACUUCCAAGCUAUCAGGCAUUCAACCAAAUUCUCAGCUGCGGCUCUGCCCGGUGCAGUGACGGACGCCACGAACGUAUUGUGCUUGCCCCUCAAAGGUAGUGCAAACGAUCUUGAUGAGCUCUUGGUUGAAGCAGCCAAGCUUAAGAAGGCAGCAAUGAGCUGGUUUGGAGACGUGAUGUCGAAAGAGAAAGGUAAAGAUGAGGAGCAGAACGAAGCCUGUGCUAAGGUUCUGGAUUAUCUGAACGGGUUUGUGCGGUUCUUACGGCGGUAUAUCGGGAGAAAACCGACGGAGGAAGAUGAGAAAGAGACGGAGGCUUUUGAAAAACGCCUUGCUGCGUCGCAGAACAUUGCCUUUGCGGCCAUGGACUCUGUUCUCGCAGUUGGAAAACUGUCUAUCACAUCAGGAACGCCUUCUUGGGAAGAGGUUCAGCCGACUUUACUUGAUUGCCAGCGACUGGUGAUGACAAUCGAACCCCAAGGCGAGAAGCAUCUUGGGUCUCCAUUUCUUGAAAGUGUCGGUAAUGCAUACGUCAAACUAUCAAACAUGUUCUGGUCUCGGUAUGUCAAGGAGAAAGAAUCUGGCAAGGGGCAUCGUGAUCUCUUACCCAUCCUGAAGCAAUCCGCGACUUUGCUGUCAAAUUGCUCGCCCUCGCAACGUGUGACGGGAUUUGCUCCCCUCAAGUAUGAGCGUCUGGCACAUACAUAUAUGGAAGGAGGAUAUGCUCGUGAAUCUGAGCAGGCAUUUCACAAGUCGAUCUUCGAACACAUACAUACCGGCACGCUCGAUCAAGUGAUUUCAUCUACGGUUGGCUGCUUUCCUCACAAGAUGUGUCAGGAUCCCAAGAGCAACGGGUUCAUGCUUGGGCGCGUUCUGUAUGCCCUUCUGAAAUUGAACCUUAGAUCCAGAAAGUCCAAAACAAACGGCUUCUUUGAUGAUGACUGCCUUGAUUUGAGCCAGAGAGGUCAUCUGAUGGAAUGGCAACUAGGAGUAAUGGCCGAAUUCCCUGCGUCUACUUGCUCCGAAGACACCUUCCGAACUACUUUUUCCUUGCUUAUCACCCAGAUCCUCAGCUUAUACUCGGUCGAUACCUGGCCCAUUCGCCUUUUGCGCGUCGUUCUUACCGUUCUACGAUUUUCCUUGGAACAUCCUGGCCUGAUGGAACCAACAUUGCUAGCAAAUGUGAUCGAAGUGGGUCUUCAAUGCAUUGAGCAGGAUGACGUUGGCGUGGACUCCGACCUUAUCUCCCUAUGGCCUCACCUUCAGAACUCUGUCAGGCUCACACUGGGAUUCCACGAGGGCAAUCUCUCACCCUCAACCCUGGAGACAGUGCUUGUGUCAUGGACUGCAAUGCUACGAGACUGUGGUGACUUGGAGUCUCUUCUUUUUAAGAUCGGCGACCUCGAUCAUUUUCUACUUCAAAUGAGGGCGAUAGUUGACUACACCGAGAUUCAUGGGCUCUGGAAGCUGCAGCUCUCUGCACUUGAAUUGGUGCUCAGAACAACGGAGCUCCAAGAGUCAGGGGAUUUUUCCGAGGCAAUCAUUGUUUUGUCACGUCUCGUGCUUCAAUACAGCAGACUUGGCUUCUGUACAAAGGCCAGCGCUCUUUUGGAGCGGGUGGAGCAGUAUCUCGCUCACUCCAACACUACAUGCCUGGCGGUUCUGUCGUACCAUCUGGCUCACGUCGGCUAUCUCCUCGAGACUGGAGAUAUUCAACAAGCGGCGACCGUACUCACUAAAGCCCGCGCACUUUACGAGAAACACCAGAAGAAGGAGGAUCAGAACAACUGCUCUACCUUGACCAAGAUUCUGUGGGAGAGACUUGUUGCUGAUGCCGCCUUCAUGAGCUCCCGGCUUUCCUUCGCGCAAGGAUCGGUCAACGACGCUCUUUUCUUCGCGAAGCUUUCUGUCCGUCUGAAUUGCAGAAUAUGGGCAAAGAUCGAGAAGCUCUCGCAGAAGAAACAGGAUAAGAUGAUUCAAGCUAAUGAGAAUUCCGAACUUGAGACUGUGGUCGAAGGUAUGGCGAAACUCGAAGUUGCUCAGGCUGCUCCUGUGCCGAAUCCAGUCUAUUCUCAGGGAGCCCCUUUCUGGCCUCAUAUUGGCUCACAUCAUACCGCUCUGCUGAACUUAGCGAGCCUCUCAGCCCAUCACGGUUUAUUCCAAGAUGCUAUAUACUACGGAGAACAAGCUCUGAAGAUAAACAAAUCUCUGAAUGCGAAUGUCCGUCUGAUAGCGUCUCAGGCACAGCUCGGGUCCCAUUGGAUUUUUGGUGGUCAUCUCUCCGAGGGGCAAGCACUGCUCGAAGCGGCAGAGUCUCUAUCUAAGCAGCUCGAAAGUAGUGUCGAACUAGUUUCUCUUCAGAUCGGCCUAGCUUCUCUUUAUAGGGCACAUGGGCGUCAUCUCGAUGAGCAACGAGCGCUUCUCGAGGCUGAUCGUAUCAUGACUUUAGUGACUAGCCCUGAUGGGCUUGAUGCUUCUGUGACGAUAACGGCACUCGAAGAGAAGAUGAAGAAAUUGCAAGUCCAAGGAACGGUCAGGAAGACACGUCAACGUGCGGCAACAACGACAACAACAACACGCAGAACUCGUGCAACAACAGUGUGCGCUUCGAGUGCGUCCAAGACUGCCGAGACACCAGUUGCCGCAAGCCAGUCUCAGUCUACAUCCCUUUUGCAUUUGAAGAGUGAAAUCCUCCGUCAGCAAGCUGCCUGUUUACGCACACUCCGCGACUUUGAGAAAGCGUCAAUGACCCUUGACGAUGCACGCAGGUUCGCAACGUCGCGGGACAGUCAAAUAUCUUUGCAAAUAGGUGAGAGUGAACAUUUGCUUGCGGAUGCCAUCCGGCACUUUGCAUCACAUGCAGUCUACUGCGUUCUUCCGGAAUCGACCAUUUCCCUCCCGUCACUUGAGUCACCGAGCAAGGCUCCCAGCAAGUCAAGUACUGGCAAGGCAACAUCCACGCGGAGGACAAGGGCGCCAGCCCGGACGCCGGCCAGGAGCAUGAGGGCUAAAUCCGCCAAGUCGACUGAGGACUUUUCUGUUAUGCUGUCUAAAGCUGGGGAGAGCCUGAAUGCUAUAUUUCCCACCGCCACAACAUUAGGAUCUACUCUUGAUAGUCACGCAGCCUCCCGUCUCAUGAGCCGAAUUUUCAUGCUAUCGCAUGUCACUGCACCGGAGAGCUCGAUAUCAUUGUCUCAGUCUCCAGCGAACACCAAUGAGAUAGGCCGGAUAGGUGCGUUCACACGUGAACGAUCUGCUAUUGAUCUGGAUAAGCAGUUAGCCCACUACUGCGAUCCGCUCCUUUGGCCAAGCACGGAAACAAAAGCCAAGCUCGAGGAGGAUCUCUACCUGCAUUUCACUGAGGACUACAUUGAAAUUCUUCCAGAGAAUUGGAAUGUUCUUUCCCUCUCUCUUAGUGCUGAUAACACUGAAUUUGUCGUUUCAAGGCUGCACAAGGGUCGUUCGCCCUUUCUUCUACGACUACCACUCAAACGCGGUUCUGAAGAUGAUGAAGAAAAUCAGUUCACUUUCGAGGACGGAAAGGAGGAGAUGAAAGAACUCAUCAAGCUGACGAAUCAAAGCGCACAUGCUGCGAAACACCAGACUGAUCGACAAUCGAAGAAAGAAUGGUGGAAAAACCGCGAAGCUCUUGAUCGGCGCAUGGAAAAUCUGUUGCAGAACAUGGAAAAUGUAUGGUUCGGCGGUUUUCGAGGUAUUUUCUCGCCAAUGCCUCAUGAGUCUGAAUCCUUAGACAGAUUCGCGGCUCUAUUCCAGAACGUCCUUGACAAACAUCUUCCUUCUCGACAAAAAGGCAGACGUGCCGAAGGCCCACACCUGACACUACACCCGAAUGUGCUCGAAUUGUUUCUCGGUGUGAAGGAUCUCGAGAGUCAAGAAGACCCUGAGGAAACCCUAAUGGACCUACUCUAUUUCGUUGUAGAUAUUUUGCAGUUCCAAGGAGAGCGCAAUGCGUACGACGAGAUUGACUUCGAUAUGAUGGUCGUGGAAACUUUGGAUGCUCUGAGAGGGCAUCACGAUGCGGUGCGCAACAAUCACGAAAAGCGAACUCCGAACAGCACAAUCCUGGUUCUCGACAAGUCGCUGCAUAUGUUCCCUUGGGAGUCCCUUCCAUGCCUGAAGGGACUUCCCGUUUGCCGAGUGCCUUCUCUGGAAUGUAUUCGAGACCGUAUCUUGCAGUUCCGGUCAGGACGGUCAAGCCGCAAACAUGACUUUAGCAUUGACCGCAAGAACGGGACUUAUGUCCUGAACCCUACUGGCGAUCUGCAGACCACCCAAAGCACCUUUGAGAAGGAGCUUUUAAGGUUGGAAGAAUGGAAGGGGAUCUCUAAACGCGAUCCAACAGAAGAGGAGUUCAGGCAAGGCUUGGAGACCAAGAGCCUCUUCCUCUACUUUGGCCACGGUAGCGGUGCACAGUACAUUCGGGGCCGAACAAUCAAGCGGCUGGAAAGAUGCGCCAUUACCUUCCUGAUGGGCUGUAGUAGUGGUGCUCUGACGGAGGCUGGGGAGUAUGAGCCCUACGGGACGCCGAUGAAUUAUUUGCAUGCGGGAAGUCCGGCUUUGGUGGCCACUUUGUGGGAUGUCACGGACAAAGAUAUUGAUCGGUUUGCGAAGAGUACGUUUGACAAGUGGGGCCUCUUUGGUGGCGAGGCUGAGGCGGUGGCUUUGGAUGAAGCUGUCUCUCAGUCUCGACAAGCCUGCGUUUUGAAGUAUUUGAAUGGUGCCGCGCCUGUGAUUUAUGGCAUUCCUUCGGUGUUUUUGGAGUAACGAGCGAUGGGACAUUCUCUUUGG